AUGCCACAUCAUUUAACAUCUUUUGUUGCUGCUUUAACAGGAUCUAUUAGUUCAGGAACUUGUUGUGGUUGCAUACCAUUUACGUUUUAUCCUUCUGUUACUCCUGCUGUUGCUUCUUCUACUGCUCCUUUAUCAGCAGCUUUGCCGAACACAGUAAUACCAACAGCAGUUGCAUCUCAAAGUGCAGUUUCAUCAACACCUGUAUUAACAAGUGUUAUGGCAUUUUUUACUCCACUUUUAAGUUUUUAUAAAAAAUGUAAUGUUUUUGGAGAAUCAUUAGAAAACAAUAAAUUAAAAGUUGACAAGAAAUGUCAAUGUAAUUUAAUUAUUGCAAAUGGACAAAUUUGUUACGACAUUACUAAUGAAAUGGAUAAAAUUUACCAAAUUGAGAGAGAGAAUUUAGAAAAUAAUACAAUUAAUGAAAAUACUUUAAAUGAAAAUGAAGUAAUUAAUGAAAGUAACGUAAAUAUUAAUGGUGAAAUAUUUAAACAAGAAAUUAUCUCAAUAGAUAAUGAAAGAUCUUUAACAAGUAGUGAAUAUUCUAUGCAUUCCUUUUUAGAAGAAAAAGAAAUAGAAAAUUAUAAAAAUGAAGAUAGUAAUUAG